AUGCUCUUCCCCCAGAUCCGCGGGUCCGCGCCCCUCCGCGUUGGCAGCGCCUCCAUCUACCCACACCACAUCCUCGGCGUCGCCGUGCUCCUCGUGUUCCUCCUCGCCCUCAACUUUGUGCACGCGCCCCCCUCCUUCUCCGACCUGCGCUCGACCGUUGUGUCCGCAGAGGAACCCCCUGACGCAGGCGGGACGCUCCCCCGUUACUGGAGCGUAACGGGGAAGAACUUCGAGGGUGCGGCAGAGGGGUAUCGCAAGCCUCGGGGGCUGAAGAUCGUGGGGUUGGUGUUUUAUGGAAGGCCGGCGAGCGUGUCGAUCCUAGACUGCUACCUAAAGCGCAACCUGGCGGAGAACGGCGGGUUCCUGGACGAGGUGAUUUUCUUGGCGCGGACGAACAACAAGGAGGACCUGGCGUGGCUGGACGGGCUGCUGGCGACGACGAAGGCGUACCGGAAGCAGCCGGUGGUGCCGUUGGGGCGGGACUACUCCAACGCCUACGACCUGUGCGAGGACGACGUCAUGUAUAUCAAGAUCGACGACGACGUCGUGUUCAUCGAGGAUAGCGCCAUCCCUAGCAUCGUGCAGACGCGCCUCGAACACCCGGAGUACUACGUCGUCUCCGCUAACAUCAUUAAUCAACCCUCCCUCUCCUGGGUCCACCUCCACCUCGGCACCAUCCGGCCCUACAUGCCCGAACUGCACUCCCCCCCCGGCGUGAACCUCUCCGCCCUCGACCCCACCUGGCGCGCCUCCGACCUCCCCCACUGGACCGGCCCCGACAACUUCACCCUAACCGACACCUUCGCCCCCCCGUUCGCCGGGCACCGCUGGCUCCCCUGCUCCGAAGGCACGACGAUCGACGGGAUGCCGGCCAGCUCCACGACCUACGACGCGUUCAGCCCGACGCUGUUCCACUGGACGAUCGCGGCGCAGCUGCACUACUCGUUCUUCGAGCACCUGGAGAACAACGAGCUGUGGCGGUAUAAGUUCCAGAUGUGGGACUAUAAGUAUCGGCGGAUGGGGAUUCAGUUCAUCGCGAUUAUGGGGAGGGAUAUCAAUGCGGGGAAGCCGCUGCAUUGGGAUGAUGAGUUUUAUUUCUCGGAGGAGAUGCCGAAGCGGUUGAAGCGACACGCCAUAGUCGACGGCCGCGCCGUCGUCUCGCACUUCAGCUUCGGCCCCCAACGAGACGGCAUUGCCAUGUCUGACGCCCUCGACCGCUACCGGGCCUACGCGAACGAAAAUAUUUGCCCCCAAUGA